UCAAAUGGUGUGUUUGGUGGUCUUCCCCACACACCAACAUCCUUUCAUUAAGCGGCGCUUCUCUCCCGGCUGCCAUGUCCGCGGUAGACCAACACAAUAAAACAUUAAGAUAGCAAAAUAUAUUCCCGACACCAGACUCGAAUGACAUUCAUUUAACGGAAUAAGGAGAAUCUUCCCUCCCGUUUCUCAAGCUUGACAGUCAGCCCGCCACGUGACGUCGGAGCCCGCGCGUUGCCCACCAACAUUUUUUACUACUACAGCUCAAUUUCCUUCACCGGGUCUCCGUUCCGGUUUUGGGUCGACUCCGGGGUGCUUUCAUCCGGUCCCACCAUGAGACUCUGGCGGCGGAGGAAGAACUUGGUCUCCCUCGUCUUCUUCGCUGUCAUCUGUUGCCUGACCUCGGCUAUCGCGGACGUUGACAGCGACAUUUACAAUACUCUGGAGGGAAGCGUCUCUCCCAAGGCCGGACAUCAAGGCUAUGGGACCACCGUACCUCUGCUGCUGAUGGGCCCGCUCACUAGACCACUCAGCCAACUUGCCCCCGGGGGUUAUCCUUCGUCAUUGCGGCUGCUGGUACUGGCUGAAGGCGAGCAGCUGGUCCUGCUGCUGGAGAAAAACCAAGGUCUGUUUGCCAGCCACUACACAGAGACUCACUACCAGGAGGACGGAGGCGCCGUCACCAAUGCUCACAACGUGACGAAGAACUGCUACUACCACGGGACGGUGCAGGCGCAUCCCGACUCUGACGUCACCCUCAGCGCCUGCUCGGGCCUACGAGGCUUCAUCGCGCUGGAGAACAAGUCGUUCAUGGUGGAGCCGGCGUCCGGCCGAGGAGCGGGCGUCCACUUCAUCUACCGGGCCCAGGAGCUGCCGCUGACCCAAGGGGACUGCGGUCACGGGCUCAACGUGUCCUCCGUCGCCCCUGAAGUACACCUGAAGAAACCCUUCCAGUCCUUCCACUCCAGGCACAAAAGGCACGCGCAGAAGACCACCAAAUACGUGGAGCUGAUCAUCGUGGCGGACAACAGAGAGUUCCAAAAACAGGGGAAGGACGUGGAGAAGGUGAAACAAAGACUGGCAGAAAUAGCCAAUUAUGUUGACAAGUUCUACCGAGCGCUGAACAUCCGCGUGGCCCUGGUGGGUCUGGAGGUGUGGAGCGACCACGACAAAUGUCCCGUCACGCAGGAUCCCUUCGCUACCCUUCACGAGUUCCUCGACUGGCGCAAAGUCAAGCUGCUCCCUCAGAGGCCUCACGACAACGCUCAGCUCAUAAGUGGGGUUUACUUCCAGGGCACCACCAUCGGCAUGGCGCCCAUCAUGAGUAUGUGCACGGCCGAGCAGUCUGGAGGCAUCGUCAUGGAUCACUCCGACGUGGCGCUGGGUGCCGCCGUGACGCUGGCCCACGAGCUGGGACACAACUUCGGAAUGAACCACGACACGCCGGAGCGCGGCUGCGGCUGCCGGAUGACGGCGGACCGCGGCGGCUGCAUCAUGACGCCCUCCACUGGGCAUCCGUUCCCCACAGUGUUCAGCACGUGCAGUAAGAAGGACCUUGCAGCCAGUCUGGAGAAAGGGGUGGGCAUGUGUCUGGACAACAUGCCCGAGGUCAAGGUGCUCUACGGAGGCCAGAAGUGCGGCAACGGCUACGUGGAGGAGGGGGAGGAGUGCGACUGCGGGGAACCAGAGGAAUGUUCCAAUCCGUGCUGCAACGCCACCACGUGCACGCUGAAAGGAGACGCCGUGUGCGCCCACGGACAGUGCUGUGAAGACUGCCAGCUCAAACCGGCGGGCACCGUGUGUCGGGGGUCGGGCAACUCCUGCGACCUGCCCGAGUUCUGCACGGGCGCCGCCCCUCACUGCCCGGCCAACGUUUACCUCCACGACGGCCACGCCUGCCACGACGUGGAGGGCUACUGCUACAACGGCAUCUGUCAGACCCACGAGCAGCAGUGCAUCACCCUGUGGGGCCCAGGAGCCAAGCCGGCGCCGGGGAUCUGCUUUGAGCGCGUCAACUCAGCGGGGGAUCCUUACGGGAAUUGCGGGAAGGAUUCCAAAGGCUCCUUCGCCAAAUGCGAUGCAAGAGAUGCAAAAUGUGGAAAGAUCCAGUGCCAGGGCGGAGCCAACCGGCCCGUGAUCGGAACCAACGCCGUUUCCAUAGAAACCAACAUCCCACUCCAAGAGGGGGGCCGUAUCCUGUGUCGGGGAACGCACGUGUACCUGGGGGACGACAUGCCGGACCCCGGUCUGGUCCUGGCCGGCACCAAGUGCGGGGACGGCAGGGUGUGUCUGAAUCGCCAGUGUCAGAACGUCAGCGUCUUCGGCGUGCACGAGUGCUCAGGAAAGUGCAAUGGACGUGGGGUGUGCAACAACAAGAACAACUGCCACUGCGAAGCGCACUGGGCGCCCCCGUUCUGCGAGGGGGCGGGCUUCGGGGGCAGCAUCGACAGCGGGCCGACGAGACUGGCAGCCCACAGCCUGGCCGUCACCGUGGCCGUCCUGGGGGCCACCAGCGGCCUUCUGCUGGCCAGCGCCCUGGUCUUCCUGAAGAGGAAGACUCUGCUGCGUCUGCUCUUCACCAACAAGAAGAGCACCUUGGAGAAGCUCAGGUCCAUCGAGGAAAAGAGGCCGACCAGCCCACUCGGCAUUCAGUCCAUGUGUAGACCACUACCACAACGUAGACCUCCCCCCAAACCCAGCAUUUAUAAGCCUCCUCCUUCCUUCCUGAGCGCAGAGCCGCUCCUCCCCCAGCACAAGUUCCACUCCCACAGCCUGCGCCGCCUGCCGCUCUACCAGCCCCUCAACAUCAGCCAGCCCAUGCCCGUGUCACUCAGCGUGGGUCAGCCCAUCCUGCCUCCCCUGCCCGCCCGACACAGGUUGCCGCCGGCCCGCCACGCUCUCUCGCCGCCGCCUUUUCUCAGUCUGCCCCGCCAGCCCGCGUCCUACCUCCUGGUGCAGGACCUGGACAAGCCAAGUCCGCCCCAGAAGCCUCUUCCUGCCGACCCGCUGGGGAGAGGCCUUCGUCUGGCUCACGGUGCCCCGAUGGUGGGCGUUCACAUGCCGGGAAAAGGGCUGCUGCCCAUCCCCAUCCCCACUGUGCCCAGACCUCCACCCACCAUCCCUUUACCCAGCAGACCUGCUCCAGUGUUGCCCUACAGACCACCAAAGACCCCCAAAGACUACUGCUGAGCUUUGCCUUCUUCUCCAAGCACAAAGAGGCUUUCUGGGUCGUUUGCACUAACGGAGACUCGGCGGCCGUUGUUGUUUUCACGCAGCUGGACUGUUGUUGUAACGCCUCAGCUCUCCACUAGAUGGCGGUGUCACAGCAAGGACGUGCAUGGUCACGUGACAACAAGCCGGAAGCUUGUGACUUUAUUUGUGGACACUUUGGAAGCUAAAAAUGCUAACACGACGUGCCACUGACUAAAAAGGUGCUCUUUUGUCCUCGCUCAGGUACCAGUGGACUUAUUUAUUUCACUUGUUGGUGUUUUAUGCACAUUUUAGGGACGGAGGAGACACCUGGUCCAUCAUUUGGCAAAUAAGCCAACAUCUAUUGUCAGGUUUCAAGCAUAUUUUAUUCCCUUUUAAAUCCGCAGUAAAAUGUUACGCUCACGUAAUUUAUUUAUUAAUGCUUUUUCAAGCUUGUGUAAGUAUGGUUGGUGUCAUUGUUCAGUGCAAUUUUCUCGUUUACCUCCUUUUUGUACCGUCAGUGUUGCUUCUUCUGUGUGUGGAAGUUUGUACAUCCUAACGUGACCUUUUUAUUGACAUAAAAAGGUAAGGGAAGUCAUGUGGUCAGCCUGAUUUACAGUAUUAGCGCACACUGCCACCUUGUGGAAGAACGCUGUUAUUACAAGUCAAGCCCGCCUGCUCUAUUAGAGCAGGGGUGUCGGACUUGUUGUCAUGGAGGGCCGCUUGUAAGAGUGAAUGUAAGAAUAUAAAAGUAUAAUCACCUUAUUAUUGCCAAUGCAUUUGGUUAUUUAAUUUUUGUACGUACAAAUUGAUGGAUAACUUGCUUUAAAAUCGUAAGUCAAGGUGACAAGCAGAUAUUUAAGUAUUUGUUAUUUUUACAAACUAUCAUACCUUAUAUAAUAAUUAGAGGUUAAUUUUUUUUUUGACGAAUGAGAUAGGCUCCAGCGCCCCCCGAAGGGAAUAAGCGGUAGAAAAUGAGAAGUUUUAAAAAAUUUUUUUUUUUUUAGGCCAUUUCUAUGCUUUGUGCACGUAUGUGUCAUAUGUCAGCAAAUGAGGUUUUGUAACCUGUAAGUUGCUUUGUUAAGGUGUUAUUAUACCAAAUGGUACAUUGCAAAAAUCAGUUUGAAUGGAGAAUCGUGUUGAAUCGAGUAUGAAUCAAAUCCUCACCCCAAGAAUAGGAAUUGAAUGACGAGGAGAGGCCAAAAGU